AUGGUCGAAGAGGAGGGCAGGCUAAUGAAGCAGAUGGCUGCGUUCCUCCGACACAAGGGCCUCAGGAGCAUGCAGAGCGAUGGCUAUGCCCUCGUGGAUGACUUGGCCAAAGCGUGCCAUGCAGAUCCCGAGGAUGUGCUCGAAGCCGCUCGAACGCCUGGCAAGCAGAGAUUUCAGACUCUGAACGACGGCUCCAGGUUCUGGAUCCGGGCUACGCACGGCCACAGCCUGAAGAGCGUGGACGCGACGAAAGGGGGCUUGUACACAGAAAUUAAAAAUGCACUGCCCCUGUUGGUCCAUGCUGUCGCUGGCGAUUCCUUGCCGAUUAUCCUGGCCAAUGGCAUCAGCCGUAAUGGGAAGCCACACAUGCUGUUCGCAGACUCCGACGAAGAGCCGGUACUGAGUCUUGGGUUUCAGGACUCCUGCAACAUUCUCGUGUAUAUCAACAUGGCCAAGGCCCUGUUUGCCGGCAUUCCAUUCAGCCGGGCUCCGGACGGCAUGGUGGUCUCCCCGGGCAUCACGGAGAGGCGGCGAAGGAAAACAGAGAAGAUCGGCACCAUACCGGCGGACUUCAUCCUCCGCGUCGUCCACCGAUAUGGGGCCAGCCGUGAGGAGGUCUGGCUACCAGGUCGAGGGAAGGGUCAGGCCAAAGGGAAGGGCGGCCCGGGAAACCAGAAGCAGCAAACUCUGCCUUUGACUGGAAUACCAAACAUAAUCGCUGAGACUCUGGAUGGCAAUGCGGAUGUCGUGCUACAACCCAUGCCGGCGGCAGCCAAGGAUGUCCAGCAGAUUGAGGCCCAGCUCCGACAGGAGCAGGAGCAGAGCCAGCAGCGUCAGCUUCAGCAAAGGCAGCAGAUGCUGCAGGCCCAGAUACAGCAGAUCCAACAGCAGCAGCAGCAAAUGCAGGAGCAGGUUCGCAUGGCGCAGCUGCUGGAGCUGAACCAGCUUCGCCUGCAACAAAGUCAACUGCAACAGGCGCAGCAGCAGAUGAUGUUUCAGCAGCAGCAACAGCAUCACCAAGUGAUGCAAAGGAACACAUCGGCGAACCCACAAGUAGAUCCAAAUCAGAGCCGGCUGGCGAUGCUGCAAGAGGCUGCACAGGAGGUUCAUCACCUCACCCGCCAGCUUGAAGAAGCAACCGCUGUACUUUCAACACAAGGCCUCGCAACCGAAGGAUCAGUGCCUCUUUGCUGUUGCUGUGGUGAUCUUUCGGGCUUGUGCUCUGGGCCAGGGCAGGGCUUGUCGCAGUCGGCGUCGAUGCCCGCGGCACCGCUCUCAGAUCUUGUGAGGUCCCUUCCAGUCAGCUAG